CAUAAGUUUUGGUACAUUAACUCUGCCCAAACAGAGAUUUACCACAGGCCUGGUUUAUUUGUAUAUAAAAGUAUUUGUAAUUGUUUGUUUGAAUUAAAGUUAAUUUCACCUCGAUUUUGGUUUAUAAUUCAAUGAAAAUUUAAAGUUUUAAUUUGAAUUUUGCAGCAAUUUUUUUUUUACAACCGGAAAAAAAGUAAAAUAUUAUAUACUUUUUAUUUCACCUCAGUACGACUUUCCUUUGUUACCGAAGACUUCUGAAAGUAAUAAAUAUCAAUUUUGUUGUACAUCAGGCUAAGGAAGCCUCUAAGGAGGUGAACAACGGGCAGGAGGCGAAGAAGGAGCCAGUCCCGAAGCCGCUGGAGAAGAGCAAGCAGGUGAUGGUGAUGGACAUGAUGAAACGGGCGCAGGCGCUGCUCGAGACUCAGCUGCAGCAGCAGAUGCUGCUCAUCGACAAACUAGAGUCAGGCAACGUGACGGGUCCCCAGAAGGUCGCAUUGAUGGAUGCCAUAAACUCGGCACAAGAGGGCAUAGAGAAGCUUAGGAAAGAAUUGUUCGCGUACAACGGCACACUCAGACAAAUGCAGGUGAACGCAAAGAAACCAAGAACGAGACAAGAGGCUGAGAAGGAGAUAUUAGAUGCCGAAUUGGACAUGUUCACUAAGCAACAGGUAUUUACUCUUUAAUGUAAGGCUGCGUCUUCAUACAUUAUUGAGAUUCAAUCAGGCAUU